CCCUACUGGCCAACGGAACGGACGUGACACGCACGCACGCACGCGCGCGGCGACUCCGAGCCCUCUUCCACUACCUCCCCUCACCUCAGAUCCAAGUCCGUUUCUCCUAGCCCAGCCAAGGAAUCAGUCUCAGUGAAUCCCCGCACCCGGAUCAGUCUCGCCCAGAUUCAUCCACCCAUCCAUCCAUCCAUCCAUCCAUCGAUCCCAGGUGGGUUGGGGGUGGGGCGUCGGUGGGGGAAUGGGAGAGGGGAUCAACGGUGACGCCGGCCUCGCCGCGGCGCCGUACCACCAAUGGGUGCUGCUGAGCCCCGCCGGGGGCUCGCCGCGCCCGCCCGCGCGCUAUAAGCAUGCUGCGCAAGUGGUCCAAGACAAGCUGUACGUGGUCGGAGGGAGUCGCAACGGCCGAUCUCUAUCAGAUGUCCAGGUUUUUGAUUUUAGGACAUCCACGUGGUCAGCGUUAAACCCUACUAGAGACUCAAACCAGCUGAAUCAUGAAAACAAUGCCGCAGGUGGAUCAUUCCCAGCAUUAGCAGGCCACAGUUUGGUCAAGUGGAAAAACUAUCUUGUGGUUGUAGCUGGAAACACGAGGUCAUCAUCAUCAUCAUCAUCAAAUAAGGUUUCAGUUUGGCUUAUUGAUGUGCAAGCCAAUAGCUGGUCUGCUGUUGAUACUUAUGGAAAAGUUCCAACAGCUCGAGGUGGCCAAUCUGUAUCCCUACUUGGUUCUCGAUUACUAAUGUUUGGUGGAGAGGAUAACAAGAGAAGGCUACUGAAUGAUCUUCAUAUACUUGACUUGGAGACAAUGAUGUGGGAAGAAAUCAAAUCGGAUAGGAAAGGUGGUCCGGCUCCUAGGUACGAUCAUUCAGCUGCUGUUUACACUGACCAGUAUCUUCUGAUCUUUGGUGGCUCUUCUCACUCUACAUGCUUCAAUGAUCUUUACCUACUUGAUUUGCAAACUCUGGAGUGGUCUCAACCUGAUGCCCAAGGAGCACAUAUAACUCCUAGAAGUGGUCAUGCUGGUGCUAUGAUUGAUGAAAACUGGUACAUUGUUGGUGGUGGAGAUAAUGCAAAUGGUUCCACUGAUACAGUUGUAAUGAAUGCUUCCAAGUUUGUGUGGUCAGUGGUCACCAGCGUCUCAGCUAGAGAUCCUCUAGCUUGUGAGGGUCUCACCCUUUGCUCAACCACAGUUGAUGGUGAAAAGGUUCUAAUUGCCUUUGGCGGUUACAAUGGGAAAUACAGCAACGAGAUCUUUGUUUUGAAACCCAAGGCAAGAAAUUUAGUUCAACCUCGUCUUCUUCAAUCACCAGCCGCCGCCGCCGCCGCCGCUUCUGUGACAGCUGCCUAUGCUGUAAUUACUGGUACAGAUGAGAAAACCAGAGAUAUUGUUGCUACAGAUGAUUUUGACAUCAAGAGAGCUCAACCUGCAAGUAAUUCCAAAAAGUUCGUUGCUGAAAUUGAUGUACUUAAUGGAGAGAAUGGUAAACUAGCAUCCAGACUGGCAGAAGUUCGUGAUGAAAACUCAAAACUGAAGGAUAAACUAGACAUGGCAAACUUGUCAUAUGGUGAAUUAGCAAAGGAGCUUAAAUCAGUACAAGAUCAACUAGCAGCAGAGGGUUCAAGAUGCCAGAAGCUUGAGUCGCAAAUUGCUACUGCACGGAAGAGACUGGAAUCUGCUGGUUCAUUGGAGAAUGAACUAGACGUACUGCAUCAACAAAUAUCUCAGGUGGAGCAAACCAUUGCAACUACUCAGAGACGAAAAUCUGGGGGUGUUUGGAAGUGGGUGGCAGGUAGUGCAGAGGUCUCUGACGAUGAAUAGUAAGUCCUCUCUGCAGCAUGCUUGGAUGGAACAAUAUUUGAUGUACUCAGGGGUUUCAGCUACAGCUGUAGCUUUAUGGUUUCCAUUCCACACGACCUUUUUGGUCAGAAACUUGUUCAAAUAGAGUUCUAAGUUCUAACUCCUGAAUUAUCUAGUGCACACUUCAUUAAGUGUUGUUGCUAAGUUGUAAUCUGUUUCCAAUUGUAAGUUGUUUUAGUUUUGUCCUAAGUUAAAUAUGUCUAAUGUUGGCCAAGUUUAUAGUAUUAACAUCUACAAUAUCAAAAAAAAAAAAUGCAAGGCUGAUGUGGACAUUAAAUCAUAAUUAUCUUGGAUUUUUCACAUUUAUUUUUACUUUACAGAAGACAAUAAUAGAAACCUUGCAGAUGGAAUAGCCUUUUUGACCAAAGAUUUAUGGCACACUCAAUCAUGUUUGCCGGGAACUUUAGGGGAGACGUAUGUGAUUUCCUAUCUCUAGAACUCCAUCUGAAGGUCUUCUGAAUUUUAGAUUAUUAUAUGAUCGAGCUUCGUAAAUAUGGGGCUAAACUCUGCAUCUCUUUUCCCCAUCCACAUCAUAAACUCAUGGACUGCUUCCAUACAAUUUGAUAGUAGAAAUUAUCAGCUUCUUCUGUAUAACUCAACAUUUGAUACUAGAUUUUGACUGAUUGUAACUUUUGAAUCAUGCUUCAUCAGGUUGACAAGCAGCUUCCGAACAGGAAUUGAAAGCGGAGGAUCUGCUACAGUUUUGAGGCAGCUUGUCUGUUCCCAGUCUCCGGGUGCUUCCUCAGGAUCUUGCUCAUGGUUGAUCUUGAAAAGAUGCCCCCUGAAAUAAUCUUGUUUAUCUUCUUAGGUGGUGGCACCUGGUGCAAAAAUUUUCCUAGGUAGUCUUAGACAAUAAUUCAACAGUAAGAGCAUAGCAUCAUACAAGUAUACCAAAGAUUGAGAUUGUAUCACAUUGGAUUAUUAGCCGGCUAGCACUUUGGUUUUGUCGUCUGAUACCCCCUUUUCGGUAGGCGGUUAUUACAAGAGUACUCAUACUAUAAAUUAUAUAAGCAAUGUAAGGUGUUCAUUGGAAUUGAAGAAAUAUAAGUACAUUGUUUGUUUAUACUGUACUCGGAUGCUACUAUAUAUA